AUGCUGAGAUGCAGGGCUCGUUGUUUGCAUCUCGGGGCGACGGCUCUCUGGGGGGCCCAAGCUCCUGCACAGAAACCCGUGUCUCCCAGUCCCCCACUCAACCUGGACGACAGGAAGGUGUUCCAGCACAAGGCCAACUGGGAGAUCACUCGUGGACUGCUGGUCUUCCUGCUCUGCUCCUCCCCGCAGCUGGUUCAGAAGGCACCCAGGCUCCUUUCUGUCUCCCGACGGGUUCUGGGCCGCCGACUCUGGGGCAGUUUGCUCCGUCUCACGCUUUAUGGACAGUUUGUGGCGGGUGAAACCCCUGAGGAGAUCAAAGCCACCCUGCAGCGGCUCCAGCAGUUGAAAGUCCGCCCUCUCCUCGCAGUCCCAAUCGAGGAAGAUGUGGGACAGGCAAAAGAAGGGGAGGGGUGGUAUGACACGAAUGCCCAGGCCAUGCUUGCCUGCCUGGAUCUGUCAGUGAGGGGCCUGUCAGGGGAAAGUCCCCGUAAUCCCAUGAUGCAACUGAAAAUAACAGCCCUAAUGGGAGCUGAGCUCUGUGUGAAACUGACCUCUGUUAAAACCAUCACUCUUCGGCUGCAAGAGCAGGAAGGACCAUUAGACCUGACUGUUGAGAGAGUCCUGGCUCUAUUGAAAGGAGAGGAACUGAGCUUCGGAUGCCUGAGCCCAGAAGAGAACCUGCAUUUCCAAAAAUCACUGAGUCGCCUCAGAUCUGUAGCAGAGUAUGCUGUGGAGAAAAAGGUCCGUGUCCUGGUAGAUGCUGAAUACACCUACAUUAAUCCUGCCCUGUCACUAGUUACCAUGGCAAUGAUGGCUGCCUGUAACACCCAAGUCCCAUGGAUCUGGAACACAUAUCAAGCAUAUCUCAAGGACACUCUGAAGCGGCUGAGUCACGACAUGGCCCUCGCUGAGCGCUUGGGGGUAUGUUUUGGAGUGAAGUUGGUCCGAGGAGCUUAUCUGGAGAAGGAACGGCAACGGGCAAGGGAAAAAGGAUAUCGUGAUCCUGUGCAUGCCACCUGGGAAGCUACCAAUGAAAGUUACAGGCGCUGUCUAGAUUUCGCCUUGGACAGAGCGUCUCAUGCCGGAGGCAGGUUUGAGCUGAUAGUGGCCACGCACAACAAAGCCUCGGUGGAGCAUGCUGUGCGAAGGAUCGAGGAGAUGGACAUCAACAAGAACGAUGGCCCUGUCAGCUUUGGGCAGCUUCUGGGCAUGUGUGACCACAUUUCCUUGCCGCUGGGGCAUGCAGGUUACGCCGUCUACAAAUCCAUCCCCUAUGGUUCUGUGGAGGAGGUGAUCCCCUACCUGAUCCGCCGCGCUCAUGAGAACCGGAGUGUCCUCCAAGGAAUCCGGGAGGAGCGAGAUCUGUUGCGCUCGGAACUGUGGAGACGGAUUCUGAGGAAGCCCUGA